UACAUCUGGGAUGGCGCUAGUGUAAACGACAUCAAAAUCUAGAAAGAAGUGUCUAUCUUCAUGCGUACAUAUCGAAGAAAUUAUAAUUAGGUGGAAAAGUUGCGCAUAUUCUAGCUACGGAGAUAACGAAACGCCGAUUUCUACUCGAGUAUUACAGCAAUGUCGGGGAAACUGCGGAGAAACAAUAUCAGAUGGGACAGUUCGACGGAAGAAGAUGAUGCGUACGAUUCAAAGUAUAAGAUAAGACUGAGAGAAUCAUUAAGAAAUAGUCAACAAUCUGGCGUAACCGAGAAUGAAGGUGUUACGGAGCCACGGAGGCGGGGUCGAGGGCCUUCCAAAAGGCCUUGCCUGAAUAGGAAUGCUUUGAUGGCUCGUGAAAAUAGACUGAAGAAGAAAGCAUAUCUAGAAAAAAUAGAAAAUAAGCUUUCAUUUUAUCAAAAAGAAAACAAAAAUUUAGUUAACAUUAUAAAGAAACAGAGUAUAGAUAUCAAACGACUGAAUGGAGAAGUUGCCUAUCUGAAAAGUGUGUUAAAUAAUAACACUAGUAUUACGGCAUUGCUCAAAACUAUUAAUGAUGGUCUCCGUAAAAUUAAUGCGCAAAAGAAGAAUUCACUGCAUGCGAAUCACAUUUCUGAAUGUUCAGCUGAAACAGAUAUACAGCAUAAAUGCACAUGUUAUACAAAUAUCAAAGAAAACAUAUUGAAUGCACAGAAUAGCAACAUAUUUAUUACGAAUGUCAAUAACGACACAUUAAUAGAACAUACUACAACUGAAAAUGAAAACAAUGAAUCUUAUACUAAUCCUAGGAGACACUUUACAUGUAAGGACUCGAAUAUUGAUAAAACCUCUUCAUCGAUUUUAGACUGUGAUCAUACUUAUACCAUUUCCAAAAAUUCUGCAGUUGAUGCCAAGAACAACUCACAGAAUAUGGAAGUACUGAAUACCAUACCUUCAAGUGCAAGUUCUGUAUCAGAAGAUGGAUAUAUAGAUAAUGUAAAAGGAUUAGAUAGUCUGUUACCAAUUACACAAACAGAUUUAUCGAAUGUAGAAGAAAAGAAAGAUACUGAAGCCAUUGGUAUCGAUUUUGAUCAAUUGUCUACAUUCAACAUGGAUAUAUUUGAAGAUUUACCUAAAUGUGACGAAAUCAUGAACACGGUGGAUACUUUAAACGACCCUUCUAAUUUUUUCACUGAAGAAGAAAUAUCUCAGACUCUGGAUAAUACUGGAAUCUGUCUACAUGUCAAUUCUGAUAAAGUAUCUUUGGAGUUUUGUUCCAUAUGUCAUUUAAAUAGUAAAAACUCGGGAUCAAACUGAAGGGGGAAUUGAUCGUAAUUGCUACAAAUUCGCUCAAUGACGAGGUACUUGUAAAAGAGGCCAAACCAAAGAUUCUGGAACUUUCUUGAUCAGUGGAGUAUAAAUAAUUGAUGAAAAUAUACCCAUAUUUUCAGGUCUAUCAAGAAGAUGUAUAUCAGCGACUAGACCUGCCUGAUGAAGAAGCAUGAUAGAAUUAUUUUUCAUAUGGAACGAAAGUUGCGUUAUUAGUAUAUAUAUAAUAUAUUUAUAAAAAUAUAUACACUAGUGUGUACAUAUUACAUGAUAUACAUAUAUAUGCAUACUUAUAUGUGCACACGUACAUACAUAUACAUAUGCAUAUAUGUGUGUAUAUAUUUUAUAAGUAAUAAAUUUUUUAUGCUGAUUAUAUUUCUAGAAAUUAUAUCUAGUAAUAUGUAAUGGUACAAAAUAAUUUUAGUUCGGGUUACACUGUUGCUAUUUUUUAAUGAUGGUAUUUUACAAAAUAAGAAUUUUUUUUUAAGCAUUUAUUGUGUCUGAUUCGAGUAGUUUUACAAAAACUUUUGUUGUUCUUUGUACAUGACAUAAAAUUGUACCACUUCUAUUCCUCUGAAGCUGUAACUAUGUACUUUUUACAGGAUAAUACCAUGUUGGCAUUGAAGUUUGCUAGGAAGGAUCGGACAUAAAGUCAAGGUCUGGCAUGCCUGACACGCUGUUUAAUGAUGCUGUUACAUAGUAUUUUGGAGCGAUUACAAUUAGUUCUUAUUGGAAAUGCGUGUGGAAUCACGAUCACCCCCUUCAUUUGUAUUCGUUAUAAAAUAUUAUAAGCAGCUACAUUCCGAGGAUAGUCCUGCCAAUGCGGAACAUUCCAUCCACUGAUCAAAUUUUGUGGUAAUUGAAAUUAAAUUGAGAAAAUUAAAGCAUCAGUAUACAUUGUAUAUUAUAUUUUUAGGAGAAUGUCUUGACAUUGUGUAUUGUUAGUUAAAGGCGGUCUUGCAAUGCCAGAGAUUUUAUGUACAAAUUCAUAUAAAAUGCUUUUUUUUCAGUAUUUAUAUUUUAAAGAGACAUGAAAUAUUUUUACAGUUAUUAGGGGAAAAGAAGUGUAACGAUUUUAUUUUAAUACAAUUAUAUAUUCUUGUUUUAAUACAAUUAUAUAUUCUUGUUUUAAUACAUACACUAUUUUUUGUAUCUUUUGUUAUAAAUUAUUUUGGUAUAUAGUAGCAUUAGUUAAAAAUUAUGCGAAUUAAAAUUAUGUACCACUCCGUUGUCUCGAGUAUUUUGUAACUUCUUAUUAAAAUUAUAAACUAUUUU